AUGAACGCGGCCGUUCGGGCCGUGGUUCGAAUGGGAAUCUACGUGGGAGCUAAAGUCUAUUUCAUCCACGAGGGGUACCAGGGGAUGGUGGAUGGAGGGGACAACAUCAAAGAGGCGACGUGGGAAAGUGUCUCCAGCAUGCUGCAAGUGGGGUACCAGGGGAUGGUGGAUGGAGGGGACAACAUCAAAGAGGCGACGUGGGAAAGUGUCUCCAGCAUGCUGCAAGUGGGCGGGACCGUCAUCGGGAGCGCGCGGUGUAAGGAGUUCCGUUCCCACGAGGGGCGCCUGAAGGCGGCGCACAACCUGGUGCAGCACGGCAUCAGCAACCUGUGCGUGAUCGGGGGCGACGGCAGCUUAACGGGGGCCAACCUGUUCCGGGAGGAGUGGAGCGGGCUGCUGAACGAGCUGCAGGAGCAGGAUUUGGGCGGGACCGUCAUCGGGAGCGCGCGGUGUAAGGAGUUCCGUUCCCACGAGGGGCGCCUGAAGGCGGCGCACAACCUGGUGCAGCACGGCAUCAGCAACCUGUGCGUGAUCGGGGGCGACGGCAGCCUGACGGGGGCCAACCUGUUCCGGGAGGAGUGGAGCGGGCUGCUGAACGAGCUGCAGGAGCAGGGUCUCAUCGACGAGGAGGCGGCCCGCAGGAACUCGGAGCUCCACAUCGUGGGAAUGGUGGGCUCCAUCGACAACGACUUCUGCGGCACGGACAUGACCAUCGGCACCGACUCCGCCCUGCACCGCAUCAUCGAGGUGGUGGACGCCAUCAUGACCACCGCCCAGAGAAGUCGGUAG